AUGGCCAUCGUGCCCCUCAUUACGAACCAUCAUGACAAGGGGCUCGCCUACGUCCUCAAAGACGUGUUCAAACUUGAGCAUGUCGAGCCUGACCUGACCAAGCUGGCUCUAGCCGGCCAUAGCCGAGGCGGCCAGACGGCCUUCGCCGUCGCCCUGGGACUAGGGGACACCAAGACCAAGCUGGAGCUCAAAUUCUCCGCCCUCGUCGGCGUCGACCCCGUGGCCGGGGUUUCGAGAGCCCAACAGCUGGAGCCCAAGGUCCUCACAUUUGAACCUGACUGUCUCGACGUGGGCAUGCCGGUGCUGGUCAUGGGGACCGGGCUGGGUCCCAAGCACAUCGGCGGAUUUCCCUGCGCCCCGGCGGGCGUGAACCAUGCCGAAUUCUACAGGGAGUGCGCGCCGCCUCGCUACCACCUCGUGGUGAAGGACUACGGGCAUCUCGACAUGCUGGAUGACAAUGUGCCCUACGUUAUCAACAACUGCAUGUGCAUGAGGAACCAACACGACACCAAAGACCUUGCUAGGAGGACCAUGGGAGGAGCCAUGGUUGCCUUCCUCAGGGCUAAAUUGUGAAUCGAUGCUCGUGAUCUGAUCGCCAUAUAUCGUAAUCCUGAGCUCGCGCCGGCCCUCCUGGACCAAGUUGAUGAGUUUCUUCCUUGCUUGGUUGGACGGCCAGAUCCGUCGUCUGUGUGAGAGUUACGUGCAUAUGCCUAGCUACUAUAAAUAAGGUGUUGGUGCAUGGACACGUCAUGGCUCAUGACUACUAUAGCACGUCCAGUAUUCCUAAUAAAAUAAGCACUCGUGUCAUUUGUGCAUGUAUCUAUGUUGAACAUGUAUACUUGUAUAGUAUAUAUUGGAGUGUUUGACAAAAAACUACCACAAU